AUGAGCUUGUUGCUGCCGGAGCCCGAUGCCAACGCCAGCGACCACGACAACGCCGUGGCCCCGCCUCUGGGGGAGACGCCCGUCCCUGAUGUCUAUCGCUCUCUCAACUUCCGCAGCUUGCAGGAGCCGUACAACCACUCGAGCCACGACACGAUGGCCAGUCGCUACAGCACGCUGGAAGCCGACAACCUCGAAGUCAUGCUCAACGGCGGACUGAAGUGGUUCUACAAGAAAUACCACCACCUUUCGCGCAAGAUCAACCUCCAGUUGCCCACUCCCGAAGUGCGCUUCCAAGACUUGUCCUUCUCAGUAGGCGUCCCGGCAACCAACGGCAGCUACAACACCGUGGGGUCCUACCUGGCCAAGAUCUUCACGCCGUGGAAGCGGCCUCCGACGGUGACCAAGCACGCGCUGCACCCCAUGACCGGAAUCAUCAAGCCCGGCUCCAUGACGCUGAUCCUGGCGAACCCUGGCGCCGGCAAGUCGACGUUCCUCAAGGCGCUGGCCGGCAAGCUGCAGAGGAACUCCAAGACGGAGAUCGGAGGCGAGAUCCUGUACUCGGGCUUCCGCGGCGACGAGAUCGAGCUCACGAAGCUCGUGGGGCUCGUGGACCAGACGGACAACCACAUCCCGACUCUAACGGUGCGCGAGACGUUCAAGUUCGCAGAUCUGUGCGUGAAUGGGCUUCCGGAAGACCAACACGACGAGAUGCGCGACAUCGCCGCGUUACGUACCGAGCUGUUCCUGCAGCUUCUGGGCCUUGAAGGUUGCGCCAAUACCGUCGUGGGCAACGCGUUGCUGCGUGGUGUUAGCGGUGGUGAACGCAAGCGCGUGACGGUGGGGGAGGUGCUGGUGGGUGGACAGAGUCUGUUCCUCUGCGACGAGAUCUCGACGGGUCUGGAUAGUGCUGCGACGUUCGACAUCAUGAAGGCGUUGCGUACGUGGUGCAACACACUGGGAGGGUCCGUCGUUGUGGCGCUGCUUCAGCCGACACCCGAGGUGGUGGAGCAGUUCGACAACAUUUUGAUGAUCCACGAGGGUCACAUGGUGUAUCACGGCCCGAGGGUCGACAUCCUGGACUACUUCCGAGAGCGCGGCUUCACGUGCCCUCCCCGCGUUGACCCCGCGGAUUUCUUGAUCGAAGUGACUACAGGGCGUGGCCAGCGGUACGCCAACGGAAGUGUACCAACGAACGCUCUGCCCGUGACGCCUGAAGAGUUCAAUCUUCUGUUCUGCCAGUCAGCUGUCUACAAGAAGACAACAGACGCCAUCGCCAAGGGCUUCAACGAGCAUUCGUUUGAGAGUGCAGAGGAUUACAAGAAGGCACACAGUGUCGUCAACUUAGUGCGGUCGAAGGAUCGAUCCGAGUUCGGGCUGGCGUUCAUCCCCAGUACAAUGCUGCUACUGAACCGCCAAAAGCUCAUCUGGCUGCGAGACCCGCCGUUGCUCUGGGGGAAGAUCAUCGAGGCGAUCCUUGUGGGGCUUGUCCUCGGUAUGAUCUACUUUGAAGUGAGCUCGACGUACUACCUGCGCAUGAUCUUCUUCAGCAUUGCGCUGUUCCAGCGUCAGGCGUGGCAGCAGAUUACGAUCUCGUUCCAGCUACGCAAAGUCUUCUACAAGCAGCGGCCGCGCAACUUCUUCCGCACGUCCUCGUACGCCAUCGCGGAGAGUGUGGUGCAGAUCCCCGUGAAUCUGACGGUGUCGUUCAUCUUGGGCACGUUCUUCUACUUCAUGAGCGGCUUGACGCGCUCGUUCGAGAAGUACAUCGUGUUUUACCUGGUGCUUGCCUGUUUCCAGCACGCCAUCAGUGCGUACAUGACGCUCUUGAGUGCAUUGUCUCCGAGUAUCACCGUCGGCCAAGCUCUCGCGUCUGUAUCGGUGAGCUUCUUCCUCUUGUUCUCCGGCAACAUCAUCCUGGCCGAACUCAUCCCGGACUACUGGAUCUGGAUGUACUGGUUCAACCCGCUGGCCUGGGCGCUGCGCAGCAACAUGUUGUCAGAGUUCUCGAGCGACCGCUACACACCCGAGCAAAGCAAGAAGCUCUUGGAUACCUUCUCGAUCAAGCAGGGCACUGAGUACAUUUGGUUCGGCGUGGGGAUUCUCCUCGCGUACUACCUGCUCUUCACGACUCUGAACGCGCUAGCGUUGCACUACAUCCGAUACGAGAAGUAUUCGGGCGUUAGCAUCAAGACCUCGGCUGAUAACGCUGCUAACCACGAGGAGGUUUACGUCGAAGUCAACACGCCGGCUGCAGGGGAAGCCGUGAAGUCUGCGAAAGGCAGCGGGUUGCCGUUCACACCGUCGAACUUGUGCAUUAGGGACCUGGAGUACUUCGUGACGCUGCCGUCGGGCGAGGAGAAGCAGCUUCUGCGUGGCAUCACCGCUCACUUCGAGCCUGGCCGCAUGGUGGCGCUCAUGGGGUCCUCCGGAGCUGGCAAGACGACGCUAAUGGACGUCAUUGCCGGUCGGAAAACGGGUGGUCGCAUUGCCGGCGACAUUAUCGUGAACGGUGAGCCGAAGAACCCGGCCAACUUCAGCCGCAUCACGGCCUACUGCGAGCAGAUGGACAUCCACUCGGAGGCGGCUUCUAUCUACGAGGCGCUGGUCUUCUCGGCGAAUCUACGACUUCCCCCUACGUUCACGACUGAAGAGCGCAUGAACCUGGUCAACGAAACUCUAGAUCUACUCGAGCUAACUCCCAUCGCCAGCUCAAUGGUGGGCCAAUUGUCGGUGGAGCAGAAGAAACGCGUGACGAUCGGUGUCGAGGUUGUCGCGAACCCGAGCAUCCUGUUCCUUGACGAGCCCACGAGUGGCCUGGACGCGCGUUCGGCUCUCAUUGUGAUGCGUGGCGUGCAGUCGAUUGCUCGCACGGGCCGUACGGUGCUGUGCACGAUCCACCAGCCGAGUAUCUCCAUCUUCGAGCUGUUUGAUGGCCUUCUGCUACUCCAAAAGGGUGGCUACACGGCUUACUUCGGCGAUUUGGGUGUUGAUUCCGUCAAGAUGCUCGAGUACUUCGCCUCGAUUCCAGGAACACAAGAAAUCCACCCACAAUACAAUCCAGCGACGUACAUGAUGGAGGUGAUCGGUGCCGGUAUCGGCCGCGACGUCAAGGACUACUCGGUGGAGUACAAGAACAGCGAGCUGUGCAAGUCGAACCGUGCGCGCACUCUUCAAUUGUGCGAAGUGUCGGACGAUUUCGUGCGGCACUCGACGCUCAACUACAAGCCGAUUGCCACUGGUUUCUGGAACCAGCUUUGUGCGUUGACCAAGAAGCAGCAGCUCACGUACUGGCGCAACCCGCAGUACAACUUCAUGCGCAUGUUCCUCUUCCCGCUGUUCGCCGUCAUCUUCGGCACGACGUUCUACCAGCUUUCAGCUGCAACCGUCAAGAAGAUCAACUCGCACGUUGGACUCAUCUACAACAGUAUGGACUUCAUCGGUGUCAUCAACCUCAUGACGGUGCUGGAGGUGACGUGCGCCGAGCGCGCCGUGUUCUACCGCGAGCGGAUGUCGAACUACUACGGCCCGUUGCCGUACAGUCUGUCGCUGUGGUUCGCUGAGAUCCCGUACCUCAUCGUGGUGAUCAUCAUGUUUGUGACGAUCGAGUACUGGUUGGUGGGCUGGAGCGAUGACGCAGGGGACUUCUUCUUCUUCAUGUUCAUCUUCUUCCUCUACACAUCGACGUGCACGUACGUGGGCCAGUGGAUGUCCGCAUUGAUGCCGAACGAGAAGGUGGCGAACGUGGCUGUGGGUGCGCUGUCGUGUCUGUUUAACCUGUUCUCGGGUUUUCUACUGCCUCGGACAGCUAUGAAGCCGGGCUACAAGUGGUUCCAAUACGUGAUGCCGUCGUACUAUUCGCUGUCUGCCUUGGCUGGCAUCCAGUUCGGCGACGACCAACACAUUAUCGCCGUGACGACGAAGGCGGGGACGACCAACAUGACAGUUUCCGCGUACAUCGAGAGGACCUACGACUACCACCCGGAGCGCAAGUACAACUUCAUGGCCGCCCUCAUCGUGAUCUGGGUCGUGCUGCAGAUAGCCAUCUACCUGACAUUCAAGUUCGUGAGCCAUCUCAAGAGAUAA